GCGCCGGACUAGCGCUACCACGGGCUGGAACGCGUCGUAGGCAGCAGCCGUUGCCGGUUGACAUCUGACCGGAGAGCCAAGUUUCUGGGACUGGAGCCUGGGCGCAGGGCCGGCGGGAGUGGCCCACGUGUGCGCCGCCACCGCCCCGGGAGAGAAGCGCGAGCGCGCUGGAGAGGGGAAGGGGGCUCCCCGCCGCGCCCUCCUUAUGUUUCUGCGGUGGGACCGUCUCUGCAGCGUAGGCAGUCCCCAGAGGAGCCCGCCGCCUCCCCCGGCCCUGGGUAGCUGAUCCCGCUGCUCCUUGGCUCUCGGCUGGGAUGCAAAACUUCGCGCUUUUUCUCCUCUCCGCCGGCUGGACUUUGGGGCUGGUAAAUGGUAUUCACCCGGAAUGCAGACUUCAGCUGGAAAUCCACGAAGAGGAAAUGAAGUGCAAGGAAAUGAUAAAGAGUUCUAGGAGAGCGGAUUUUAAAGGAUGUGUUGGUAGCUGGGAUAACCUAACUUGCUGGCACUCUGCAGAAUUUGGAGAGAUCGUGACAGUCCCUUGCCCAAAACUUUUUAGCCAUUUUUUCAGCAAACCAGGGAAUAUAAGCAAAAAGUGUACAAGUAGAGGUUGGACAGACAUAUUUCCAGAUUUCCUGCUGGCUUGUGGAUUUAAAGAUAUCGAUGAGACCAGCACGAGUUUCUAUGUUCUGGUGAAAGCAAUUUAUACCCUUGGGCACAGUGCCUCUCUCAUUGCUCUGACUACGGGAAGUAUAAUUCUUUGCGUUUUUAGGAAACUUCACUGCACUCGGAACUACAUACAUCUGAAUUUGUUCCUGUCGUUCAUUCUAAGAGCAAUCUCGGUUUUAAUCAAGGAUGAGAUCCUCUAUUCCGGCACCAGCACAGAUCAGUGCCCAGACGAACAACCGUCUUUGGCUGAGAACAGCGGAAUCCCUACAGUGUUCAUCGUCAUGUGGACAGUAUCUAGGAUCUACUUAGAGAACACUGGCUGCUGGGAUACCAAUGAGCACAGUGGUCCUUGGUGGAUUAUAAAAUUACCAAUCCUAAUUUCCAUUUUAGUGAAUUUUAUACUUUUCAUAAGCAUUAUAAGAAUUUUACUACAGAAGCUGAGAUCACCAGAUGUUGGAGGCAACGACCAGUCCCAGUACAAGAGACUUGCAAAAUCAACAUUGCUGCUUAUUCCGCUGUUUGGAGUCCACUACAUGGUGUUUGCGGUCUUUCCCAUCCGCAUUUCCCAUAAGUAUCAAAUCAUUUUUGAAUUAUGCCUGGGAUCAUUUCAGGGCCUAGUUGUUGCAGUCCUGUAUUGUUUUCUGAAUAGCGAAGUACAAGGUGAACUGAAAAGAAAAUGGCGGAGUUGGUGUUUGAACCAAAGAAUGGGUCGUGAUUACAAGCUUCACAGCUCUUCCAUUUCUAGAAAUGGCUCAGAAAGUAUCUCACAGUUGCAUCGUAACUCAACAACACAGUUUUCGCUCCAGACAGAAACCUCGGUGAUAUAAUGAACCAUGUCGGAGCCAGCUAAAGACUAGACAAUGGAUUUCUGUGUAUAGCUCAGUCAAUGUGAUAUUUUCUAAAAUGUAUAGUUUGUACUCUGUUUUUGUCUACAUGUCAGGACAUGGGGAUGGCCCAGCACAAUGCAAAAGAUACAUUUUUUAAAAAAACCUUCACUCCAGUACUUGUUUUAGUGCCAAGAUUUAUCCCCAGGAAAUACAAAGCCAUGUCUUUAAUGAAUUUGCAUUGGUUGCCCUUGGUUUAGAGAUCAGUGACUCUUAUCAAUUCCAGUCUGAAAAUAAUUGGGAUUUACUGGAUGUUUUCUUCCAGAAGUCCCCUUACCUGCUAUUUCAGACUUCAGAUUUUUUUUCUGGAUCACGUUUACCUAAGAUCCCCCUGCCCUGCCCAGACUUAGCCAGACGCUGCUAAGCCCGGGGCCUUGGCCCUAUUAUGAUACAGUGA